GAGAAAACUGAGGUUCAGAGAGGUUAAGGAAAUUACCCGAGGUAACCCAGGCUAGUAUGUUUCAAAGUCGAGACUCAGACCUUAAUCUGACUAACUACAAAGAAAUCCGUUGUCAUUCUCCUCUCUGAAAACACUACUCCCAACUGUUCAGUUCAAAACCCCACCCCAGGCUGCCUUGCAUCGAAGUCCGUGUCCUCUAGCCAAGUCGUUCUUGUUUUGAUCAAGGAUACAGAGGGCGCUGCCUGACGUUACAGGGGGCCGAGGGUAAAGGUGGGGGUCCAGUGUGGAAAUUUAGGUGCUGGGGCGUGUACCAGACGGAAAGUGUAAGGGUACUAGCAGGCGAGUCACGUGCGUGUGAAACUCGACCUAAGGGGAGGAGAGGGGGAGGGGAAGGGGAGGGAACCCCCGCCCCCACCUCGGGGCUCUGGUAAAUACAACCAUCAACAUCAGAGCUCCACUUAGUCCGUGUCCCAAUUCGUGGGUCUGUGGCGUUCGGCAGAUUCCUAAUUCCCCGACUUUUUCUGAGGCGGCAGAGGUGAGAACCGGCUGUCUGUCGGGCUGAAGCUCCGAGGCGGCCGGGACCCGGCAUGCAGAAAAGAUCCCAGCGCUGGUGAGGCUGGGCGCUGGGCCCACCGGACCCCGGACGCGGAGAGAGUGGACGCGCCGCAAAGACGCAGCGCCCCGCGAGGCGUCCGAAGCUGCAGGAGGCUCGUUUGCCAGGAAUCGGAGGCUCGCGGCCAGCAUGGCCCCCACGCUGCAGCAGGCGUACCGAAGGCGCUGGUGGAUGGCCUGCACGGCGGUACUGGAGAACCUCUUCUUCUCCGCUGUGCUGCUAGGCUGGGGCUCCCUACUGAUUAUGCUCAAGGACGAGGGCUUCUAUUCCAGCAAGUGCCCAGCUGAGAACACCACCAUCACCACCACGACGCAGGAUGGGCACCACAAGUGGCCAACCUGUGCUCUGCAGGAUGAGAUGCUCAACCUGGGCUUCACCAUUGGUUCCUUUGUGCUCAGUGCCACCACCUUGCCCCUGGGGAUCCUCAUGGACCGCUUUGGCCCCCGGCCCUUGCGGCUGGUUGGCAGUGCCUCCUUCGCUGCCUCCUGCACCCUUAUGGCCCUGGCAUCACGAAACACUGAAGUUCUGUCUCCAUUGAUAUUCCUGGCUCUGUCCCUGAAUGGCUUUGGUGGAAUCUGCCUAACGUUCACUUCACUCACUCUGCCCAACAUGUUUGGGAACCUGCGCUCCACGUUCAUGGCCCUCAUGAUUGGCUCCUAUGCCUCUUCUGCCAUCACGUUCCCGGGAAUCAAGCUGAUCAAAGAUGCUGGUGUGACCUUCGUGGUCAUCAUGUUCACCUGGUCUGGCCUGGCCUGUCUUAUCUUUCUGAACUGUGCUCUCAACUGGCCUGUUGAAGCCUUUCCUGCCCCUGAGGAAGUUAAUUACACAAAGAAGAUCAAGCUCAGCGGGCUGGCCCUGGAUCACAAGGUGACAGGCGACCGCUUCUAUACCCACGUGACCACAGUGGGCCAGCGGCUGAGCCAGAAGGCCCCUAGCCUGGAGGAGGGGGAUGACAUCUUUAUCUCAUCCCAGGAUGUUCGUGGUACCUCAGAAAAACUUCCUGAGAGGUCUGUCCCUUUCCGAAAGAGUCUCUGUGCCCCCAUUUUCCUGUGGAGCCUCCUCACCAUGGGCUUGACCCAGCUGCGGAUCAUCUUCUACAUGGCUGCCAUGAACAAGAUGCUGGAGUUCAUAGUGCUCAGCGGCCAGGAGCAGAAGACAAGUGAACAGAGCGAAAAGGCGUCAGAGUCAGGUAGGGAGAAGAGAGCAGGACCAUGGCCCAUACCCACCUGCCAUUGCCUUCUCUGCAGGGGGUGGGCCUCCUGUGGGCCUGGGCCCACCCUGGUGACCCUGGGCAUUUGGGGAUCUAAGAGCCUGGGGUCAGCGGAAGGCACUCUCUGGCCUCUCUCAUGCCAGCUCCUGACCUUAUUCCCUUUGGUGUCCUGCCUAGUUGGGUUCUACACCUCUGUCUUUGGGGCCAUGCAGCUGUUGUGCCUUCUCACCUGCCCUCUCAUCGGCUACAUCAUGGACUGGCGGAUCAAGGACUGUGUGGAUGCCCCGGCUGAGGGCACUGGCCUCAGAGAUGCCAGGGAUGGGACUGCCACCAAGUCCCCCAGACCACGCUACCGUAAGAUCCAGAAGCUCACCAAUGCCAUCAAUGCUUUCACGCUGACCAACUUCCUGCUUGUGGGUUUCGGCAUCACCUGCCUCAUCAACAACUUACACCUCCAGUUUGUGACCUUUGUCCUGCACACCAUAGUUCGAGGUUUCUUCCACUCUGCCUGUGGAAGUCUCUAUGCUGCAGUAUUCCCAUCCAACCACUUCGGGACGCUGACGGGCCUGCAGUCUCUCAUCAGUGCCGUGUUUGCCCUGUUACAGCAGCCACUAUUCAUGGCCAUGGUGGGCCCCCUGCAAGGAGACCCUUUCUGGGUGAAUUUUGGCCUCCUGCUAUUCUCACUCCUUGGAUUCCUGCUACCUUCCUACCUCUUCUACUACCGCGCCCGGCUCCAGAAGGAGUACACUGCCAACGGGGCGGGCCCACUGAAGGUGCUCAACAGUCCCGAGGUGACUGCAUAGACUCCUGAGGCCAAGACCUGGACAACAGGCAGUCACGGCCUGAGCAACCAAAGGGAAUGCCCUAUGUGGCUUUUCUACCUGUAACAUUCACAUAGAGCCAGGGGCUAUGGAUUUAUAAAUAUCAAGAGUUCUAUUUUUGUAAGGACUUGACAAAAGGAAAAAAAAAUCCCUUAAAAAAAAAAGUCCCCCAAAGCAAUGCUCCAUUGACUGAAGACAGUCUCUGCUAGAGGGAUUAUGCCUUCUUCCUCCAUGGACUGGAGGACACCAGGGUAGGGGGUACCCUUUCUGCCGCCUUUGUCCUAGGGGUUUUGCCUUCUGGCCCCUCAUGGCACUUGUCAGAUCAGUGAAUGGGCUACCCCCUCAGGUCCCAGCUGCCAAGAGUGUGCAUGCAUGCAUGUGUACGUAUGUGUGUAUGUGUGUGUUUGUGCAAUGCAACCUUCCCUCAGAAAGAAAGGGGUCUGAGGUGCUGGCUGUGUCCCCGGUGGGGUGUAGGGGGUAGUCCCCUUCCAGAGGCUGGAGGGCAGGUUCCCUCCCUGGUGCUGCUUCUUGCAAGUUUUAGAGGAAAUAAAAAGGGAAGUGAGAGACUG